AUGGAUUUCAUUUGGAAUAAUUAAAAUAUGUAAAUAAAUGAAUCUAUAUUUAGUGGAGGAGGAAAAUAUGAUAUUUAAGGAGAAGGUAUGAAAAAUGGCUUUUGGACUGAGCCCGCUGGUGGGUUUACAGCUAACUCUUAAGUAUUUACAAAUGGCUGGUAUAAGAAUGGCAAUAAGGUUGGUAGAUGGGAUGUGAUAUUUAGAGGAUAAUAGAUGUAAAUUAUAUUAUUAAAUGUUAAAUUAAAUUUAGUGGUUAUGGAUCUUAUGAAAUUUUGUUACACUAAGGUUCAAUUAAGAUAGGGAGAUGGAUUGAAUUGAGCAACGGAUUUUAUGAUGAUUCAUAAGUCACCUUUGUUGGUGAGUAUGAGAAUGGUAAAAAGGUUGGUCAAUGGGAUAUUUUUUAUCAGGAGAAUUAACAAGAUAAAGAAAAAUAAAAAAUGUAAAGAUUAGUAACAACGAUUUUAGUGGUGGAGGAAUUUAUGUAUAAUAGGAGGACUAAGAGUCAUAGAAAAUUGGAAAAUGGAUUGAA